GUUGAAGCAGACGCGCAGUGGAGGCUAGUGUGGUCCCCUCAACGGGAAAUUCAUGCCAUCGCCGCGCACUCAACGGCCCGUUUAUCUCGCUCCGGAUCCGGAACAAUUCGUCCGUUCGCAGCGAACGCGAUCGCGCGAGCGCAAGGCGGAACAACGCGCCCUGCAUGGCCUUUCAUUGAAUGUCAGAAAAGAGGGAUUUUUCUAAGCGCCGACACGGUCCUCAGCCACAACCAUGGAGAUCGUCACGCAUUUAAUUAAUGACACCAUCGAGUUCUACAAAUGGACCCUUACUAUAGCAGACAAGCGAGUGGAGAAAUGGCCUCUGAUGGACAACCCCCUGCCCACACUGGCCAUCAGCACCUCCUACCUGCUCUUCCUCUGGCUGGGGCCCAAAUACAUGAAGAACAGAGAGCCCUUCCAGCUCCGCAAAACCCUCAUUGUCUACAACUUCAGCAUGGUCUUCCUCAACUUCUUCAUCUUUAAAGAGCUCUUUAUGGCAACCCGGGCUGCAAGCUACAGUUACAUUUGCCAGCCGGUGGACUAUUCAGAUGACCCCAAUGAAGUCAGGGUGGCAGGAGCUCUGUGGUGGUAUUUCAUCUCUAAAGGCAUCGAGUACCUGGACACAGUGUUUUUCAUCCUGAGGAAAAAAUUCAACCAGGUUACCUUCCUGCAUGUUUACCACCACUGCACCAUGUUCACGCUAUGGUGGAUCGGCAUCAAAUGGGUGGCAGGAGGACAGUCAUUCUUUGGUGCACACAUGAACGCAAUGAUCCAUGUCUUGAUGUAUCUGUAUUAUGGCCUGGCCUCCUGUGGACCUAAGAUCCAAAAAUACCUGUGGUGGAAGAAGUAUUUGACCAUCAUCCAGAUGAUUCAGUUUCACGUCACCAUUGGCCACACGGCCUUGUCCCUCUACGUCAACUGCGACUUCCCCCACUGGAUGCACUACUCCCUCAUCUGCUACGCCGUCACCUUCAUUAUCCUCUUUGGCAACUUCUACUACCAGACCUACCGCCGCCAGCAGCCCAGACGCGACGCCUCCUCCUCCUCCAAAGCAGGGAAGGCCCUGUCUAAUGGGACCCUCAAUGGGCUCAGCAAGGCUUCCAAUGGGUCAUUGGUGAUUGGGAGCAAAGAGGAGAAGCCCCAGGAGAACUCUGGGAGGAGAAAGAGGAAAGGAAGAGCUAAAAGAGAUUAGAGGAAGAGGAGUGAGAGAGGUCGAGGUGAGGUAGGGCCUUGCUUUGGGUUCUCGGUUGCUAGUGCUAAAACAUGAAAGACUUAAUUUGAGGAAGAUAUAGAUGGAUGGGUGUGUUAAGGUGUGAUGUGUUUAUUUAAGCCAUGAUCUGAGUGUUGUAGAUAAAAUCUGAGACAGGCCUAUGUUUAGAGAGGAUCGUUGAGUUAGUGAGAGGCGUCAAAGGUCGUGCCUAAACUGACGAUUAUUUCAAAUAACCCAAAACACAGUAGUAUCUGGUAAGGGAUAGAACUUAAUAUUCCUUCUCUUUAUUGUGGUGCCAAGUACUGUAGAUCUGCCUCAAAAGGAGUGACUUAAGCUACUUAAAACUGAGCCUGAAAAGGAGACACCAAACAGAGUUUACCAGGCCCAUUUGGCAUGCUGGGAACGCUACAUUAAAUGAGCCUAAGCUGCUUGAAAAAGAUUAUAUACCAUCAUUAUUAGCGAUCACUGCUGUACUGAGACAGGAAUACACAUCACAACACACGCACAAACAUGUCAAUUUAUAUUUGAGCGUAUUAUUUUUUGAUUGUUCACCUUUAACAAUAUAAAACUGAUGAUAAUGUACAGUAUCACAUCUCAUUUGUCCUCAUCUUUUUCAAGCUAUUAUUGAUGUUACGUGAGAGAGAAUUAAGUUUCCAGUACAUGUCUAUUGACACAUUCUGCAGUUAUCCACUUAAUUGUGAAGAUGGAGUUGUCUUUUUUAUUCUUACAUAUUUCGAGUCAUGGACUCUGACUUUGAGCUUUCAUCCAUUAACGCACAGAUACAUUUUAGAGAAGGAAAAUAAAUCUAUAUCCAGAGGUAAGAUGUACAUAGAAAAAGAAAAAGUAGAUUUCUAACCCUGUGAGACUGGGAUGAGAUUCUUUCAUCAAUGUUUUAAGAUGAAACAAUUAUCAACACUAGCUCAUAGGAAGUUAAAAUUUAGACUUUCUAUUUCUGUAUACAACCAUAAACCGUUUUAUAUAUCCCUACUUGUAUGUAAUGUGAUGAAAUAUAAUGAAUAUUAUCCAGAGAAAUGAUGAAUCUGAUGAUUAUCUCAAUGUUUCCCACUUUUGACAGAGAUACUGGUGGAGUUUUUUGUCUUUGAAGAUGUUUACCUGUCUUUUUAUAUCCCCUCUGACGUCGUUGUUUGUCUGACACGCUGGUGAAAAAAGAAGCGGUGGUGAUCUGGGUUCCCCUUUGUAUUUGCGAAUUCAGAACGAGCUUAUAGCCAGUUGUGAUCAUAAGUUAACUAAGCCUAUUUUCUUCAAAUAUUCAAUCAAAUAUCCUUUUUGCGUCUACAUUUUCAGGCUCAAUCCAUCUCCUGAGCUGGCUUGAAUGUAAAUUUAUCAGGGGAAAAAUUUGGAUUUAAAAGGGUAAAGGUUAUGAUUUCUUUACAAAAAGAGCUGGUGAACCUCUAUAGUGACUGUGUAUGUUAUACCACUAUGAAGAAUAACUUUGCUCUGCCUGUAGUAUAUAGAGUAUAAAUCAAUGACGGGCUCUAUAUCAACAAAUCCAGCUUUAUGUCAUCCAUCAACAGAUGCAUUUUGACGUUAUUUAUUGGUUUGUUCUAUUUAUUUUUAUGUAAAUACCAAUUUCCAUCUAGCUGAGAGUGCUCUUCUGUGUAUUUGUGUUCUUUUUGUGUUGUACAUAUUGCAUUGUGAUAUUUUGUAAACUGCACAUUUGUGAAUGUUCCCAGCUUGUUAGCUUGGACAUUUAUACGCCCACAUUGCU